CGCUGCAACCAUCAGAGGAGAUCACACGAGCAGUUAAGAAGCUCAAUUGCCACCUCGCAGUCCUGGACCUGUGCCCGCGCAAGUCGACAACCCCGCACGAGUGGUCAGAUGAGAGAUUCGCAGUGCUACCGGAGAUGAUGAAUACCUUUUGUGGCAUGGAUUGGGUCAUUGUCAUAUUCUCGACGUUAAGAGUCGAGCAAACCUUAUUGAAGAAUGUGCUUCGUUGUGAUCACGUCAAAGUGAUUCUAGGUCGGUGGGAGAGAUAUUUUGGAAAGGACCAAUAUGUCGUUUCCGCUGGAAAUCUUCCACUGCGACCUCGGGACUGCAUGACCAUUGUCGUGCAUGCGUUGAACGAUGACUACAAGAAGGUGACUGUGCGGCCACGAAACCAUAUCACAUGGUUCGACGAUAACAUGAAGGAGGAUUUAUUUGUGCAACGCACGAACAAGCAUGUUGGGAUAUCAGGCGAUACAAAAGUCGUGUACGGGCACUGGGAGAGAGAGUCAAAAAAAGUGAAGGAGUUGUGCAAAUGGUUCGCAAAGGAUGGCGAAGGUGUGCUGCUGCUCGUGAAUGUGCAGACAGGGUCAGUCUGGGAAGUGUUGCGGCCAGGACACAAUGUUGUUGCGUGUGACAGCAAUUCAACAAUGCUCGAUUGGACGUCCACAUUCCUCGAUAUACAGGUCCACAGACCAGAAAGUCGUUGCCACUUCGAACAGCCCAAAACUCUGUGGCUUCCAGAGAGAGACAUGUACCUCAACCUUGGCAAGAAGAGAGACUCUCUGUGGAAAUACUUGUUCGGCAACGCCCCGAAGACUCCAAAGGACAUCGGUUAUAUGCACCGAAAAGUGAUUGUCAUCCAACAUCUCCAAGGCUACCAUGACGCGAAAAAUGGUGCGAUUGAAAUAUUCAUAGUGCGGUGUGAGCAUUUGUGGUUCAACAAACAAGAGGACAGACUGCGUGCGAAGACAUACGCCGAUGAGCUGGAUACGGGUGAGCACUUCGAUGUGCUCGACAACGAGGAGAAGACAUCAGAUGACAAUAUGGAUCUGCCUGUACCGGGUGCUCAAGAAGAUGUUCAACAGGCGUUGGACGGUGGCGAGGGUCGUCAGGCAAUGGAGGGGAUAGAAACAGAUGUUGUGGCAAGCCAGCAGAGCAUUCGUGGUGGGGAGCAGAGGUCGUGUGAACAAGGAAUGCAAGAGAGUGCAAGGAAUGAGAUCUGGGGGCCAGUUGGUGCAGGCAAUGCAAGCAAGAACAACAGCAAUGAAGGGUUGCGGCCAGGACCGGCCUCGUUAAGUGGAAAAGAGUCACAUCUCCAAUCCAAAGGCAAGGAAAGCAGUGCCAGAUACCCCGGGAUAUUGACUCAGCUGGACAACGUGUAUGUGAGCAUGGGUCUGUCAAAGAUCCUAAGAGAGAACCAAUAUAACGUGCCCCGGGAGGAAAAUGCACAGGUUGGCAGAAUGGACGUCAACGCCAUCAAAUUCGCGCUCCCGCCCGACAAGGAUGAUAAACUGAUGCCAGGAGACACAAUUCGAGAGGACAUGAAGGAGUUCACCGGAGGCCCGCUGUCGACGCGAAUACCCUUACAAGGGUAUCCACCCUGGUUUUUGCAAGUGACAGAAAAUAGUUUGGUUUAAAGUUUAAGUAUACCGCGCUAGGCGA